AGAAGAGGAAUAUAUUUCAAAUACUGGGGAAAAAAAAGUAGGAAGGCAAUGAACAGGAACUUGACUGGAUUGUUGAUAGGGCUCGUUGGGGCUGGAUUCACGGUGGGCGCCUACUCGCAGACGAUGAUGAGCACAACACAGUGCCUCACCGUCGGCCUCCUCAUCCUCGUCUUCGGUCUCAUUGUCAAAGAAGGCUUCCUGUCUCUUUGAAUCCCUUACUCUUAACUAUGAACCUUCAUUUUUAUUACUUUAUAAUUACUAUAUUUAUUGUUCGUGAUACGUAGUAUUGUGUUUAAUUAGUGGUAAUUUGAUUGGCUUUUAGUUUUGGCUUUCCGCCUAUCUUAUUCGAGUA